AUGCCUUUGAAUCCAGUGUUAGAACAACAAGAAAUAGAACUUGCAGCAGAUUUGAAAGAUGGGAAAUGUUGUAUCUUUACAGGCGCUGGCGUAGCUUCCGCUAUUAUCCACCUUGAUCCAGUUCUUACUAAAGGAAGUGCCAAGACUAUUAAGUCAACUGUCGGAAUAUUUGAAAAAAAUCAAGGCCAAUUAUCUGCUGCAAUUAAAGCUGUUGAAGACGCUAUUUACGACCGAAAAGAAUUUUCACAAAAUAAGUCAAUUUUCCAAAAUACUGAUACUGACGAUAAAGAAAGACUUUUUUCGGAAAUUAAUGUUGAGAUUCAAAGAACUAAAUUUAGUAUUGAACGUAUUUACGAUGCAUUACCUCAAACAAAGUCCAAAGAAACUAAAAUGAGGAGAGAAUAUUUUGACCUUUUAAAAAAAGCUGCAAUAACUCCGUGGGGGAAAGGGUCCGCAAUUAAAGAAUCAACGGAACUCCUCACACAACUUAUCAACAAAAUGAAUGAAAAUUUAGGUUCUAAGUCAGUCAAACAAAGGAUUGACCAAUUAGAACAGGAGAUUACCAAUAAUCAAGAUGAAAAAGCAAAAGAAAAGUUGAAAUGCACCACUGAGAAAGAUGUAUAUGCUACAGAAUUCAAUAAAGAUUUUCAAUUAACAUUAGCUGGUGUACUUUCUGUAAAUGACGAUAUUUUGAAUACAACUUUUAGACAUCUUACUGAACUUGUACUUAGUCCAUUAAAGUCAAACCCACAUUCUCCUUUAGCCAAGGCAUUGGAUAUAAUAUGUGAAAAAAACGUGCUUUUAACUUCAAACUACGAUACAUUCUUGGAGAGCGCAUUAUUUCGUAAUGCAUUGGAUUAUAUGGAAGACUUAGCCGACUCAAAUCAAUUAGAUUUCUUAAUCCCAAAUGAUUUUACAGAUGAUUUGAAUUUUCACAAUCGUUAUGUUAUUCAUAUUCAUGGUCUUUACUAUGAUAAAGGAACCUUCGUUAUAUCUGAAGAAGAGUAUAAAAAUACCAUUAACUCAUUCGCAAAAUUUAUGAAAACAGUAAUUCUAGAUAAGAGGCGAUCUUUAGUAUUUAUUGGAGUUAGUGCAGAUGGUUGGACGGACUGGCAUAUGGCUUAUUUAUUCAAUGAAUUGGCUAACAUGAAUGACAGAGAUAGCCACCCUCAUCACUAUUGGGUUGUGGUGAGAGGGACUGAAUUUCCUAAGGAAGAUGACUUCUCAGAAUUAUCAAAACAAGAAGAACGAAAGAUUACUCUGGAUUAUGUUAAGAAAAAAGUUAAACCUGUUGUUUAUGGUGAUUCUUAUGACGAUUUACCUCCUUAUCUGAUAUAUCUUUCAAAUUUAAAACAAAAACCCGUGGCUAAAUAA